AUGCGAUCGCUUAUAAUCUUGUUAACAGGUUUUAGUACUAUUGUAUAUGGUACUCAUUUUCGUGGUGGUACAAUAACAUGGCGUCCUUUGAACAAUACUCCAUCCGGUACUACAGUUGCUGUCCAAGUGCGUGAACGAUGGUCAUGGAAUCGUAUUACUUAUUACUGCGAUGAUUCGACCAUAGCUGCUCAUACUAGUAUCGCACCUGGCGGUUACGUCUAUGGCGUAUCUGGUUCAUAUGCUCCUUGGGCUGCUAUGAAUACACUAAUAAAUUGUACGGAUUAUAGUGCUGCACUUACUGUUACUUCUGGUGAACAUUUUGAGACGCAAACAUUUCCAUUAAAUAUUGCAUUUAGUAUUGGUUUUGUAUCAGGUAAUUGGUUUGGAACUCUUGCUGUUGGUAGCAAUGGUGGAUGGAGUGUUGUCUGUCAAAUCAACACUAAUCUAAGACCCGAUGGUUACAUAAAUUCCAGUCCUAUUGCUGUCACUCUUCCUAUUAUUUACAAACAAGUCAAUAUUCAACAAGUACAUGUUGUUCAAAUGUCUGACUUUGAUGGAACCGAUACAUUGCGAUGUCGAUGGUCGACUUCAUCAAGUAAUACUAACGGAUACGAUGAAUGUAGUGGCGUAUGUAGUGGUAUUCCUGGUGCUAGUCUUAUUUACGAUAAUUGUACACUUGUAUUUACUCUCUACCACGCUGACCAGUAUGCCGCAGCAGCAUUACAAAUUGAAGAUUAUUAUAGUAGUACAUCUACAACACCAAUGAGUUCUGUUCCACUACAAUUUCUUUUCUAUGGUUAUAAUUUAUCUUCCACUUUGAAUUGUACUACUCCACCUGCUAUCAUUGGUAAUCGACCAAACCGAGCUUGUAUUGGGACACCAAUCGGUUCCAAUGUUACUGAAUAUAUCAUUGUACAAGUUUAUUGUCCUGGACAUGCUAUUACUGAUUUAGUUAGUAGUGCUCCAACUGGUAUGAAAAAGAGUACUAUUAUCCAUUCAAGUCCUAAUAUCUAUGAAAUCAUUCUCAGUUGGAUUCCCAUAGCUGCUCAGUAUGGUCCGCAGUCUUUCUGUGCUGGAGCUAUCGAUUCUAUAUCUCUUCAAUCUAAUCAAUGGUGUAUUACAUUUUUAGUUGGUUUCGAGUCUCCUGAUAUCAUUCGUCCAACAAUGGUUCAAGGUUCAGCUUCACCAAUAGGCACUGUCUUUCAAAAUCAAACCCUUUUCUCGAUUCAAAGUAAUAC